AUGACGCUUGAGGAGCGUAAAGCCAAAUCCUGGGAAAAAUGUUCUUGUACUGCUUAUGCUAAUUCAGAUAUCAGGGGAGGAGGUCGUGGCUGUGCCAUGUGGUUUGGGGAUCUUAUUGACAUAAAUCAAAUGUCAAAUGUUGGCCAAAAUCUAUAUCCUAGCCUUGCGGCUAACCGUGAAGGUGCUAAUGAAAACAAGAGAAAGAGAAUUGUCAUAGCAGCUACCAUUUUGGCAGCUCUUGUGAUGCUUUUCACUUUCUACUGUAUUUAUAAGAGAAGAAAAUCUGGAGUGAAAACUCAUAGAACUUUGUCCAUAGAACUUAAUGAUGAAGACACUGCUAGGGGAGAUAUGGAGCUUCCUUUCUAUAACUUUGAUAUAAAAGCUUGUGCUACCGACAACUUCUCAAUUGACAAUAAGCUUGGCCAAGGUGGUUUCGGACCGGCGUAA